GCCCUCCACAAGUUCACCAAGGCCGCGCAAAGUAGCCCGUCGUGCACACCGUGUGUGACACAUGACCCAUGUAGAUCACCACCACAACUUUCCACGCCCUUGAAUGCUCAUUCUGCAUGCAUCCCGCUGUCUUCUGCAACACUGGACCUCUCAAAGUGGCUUCUACCUUUCUCUGGGCCCCAACGGGUUUCUUGCUUCUAUUGUGUGUGUGUUUUUGUUUUUUGUUACGUGUAAGCAUUUCAACAGGAGCUAAAAAUGACGUCCUUACCAGGAACAGUGCCGCGAAUGAUGCGCCCGGCCUCUGGACAGAACUACCCACGAACCGGCUUCCCUCUGGAAGUGUCCACUCCUCUAGGCCAGGGACGUGUCAAUCAGCUGGGGGGUGUCUUCAUCAACGGCCGGCCUCUGCCCAACCACAUCCGGCACAAGAUCGUAGAGAUGGCCCACCACGGCAUCCGACCGUGCGUCAUCUCCCGCCAACUGCGGGUCUCCCACGGCUGCGUGUCCAAAAUCUUGUGCCGCUACCAGGAGACCGGCUCCAUCCGGCCCGGAGCUAUAGGAGGCAGUAAACCCAGGCAGAUCGCUACGCCGGACGUGGAGAAAAGGAUCGAACAAUACAAGAGCGACAGCCCGGGAAUAUUCAGCUGGGAAAUCCGAGAUAAAUUACUCAAGGACGGCGUCUGUGACAGAAGCACCGUCCCUUCAGGUGAGACACUCUCUGUGAGUUCAAUCAGUCGAAUACUCCGAGCUCGUUUUGGGAAAAAGGACGACGAAGAGGAGGAGUGCUUUAAAAAGGACGAGGAAGAAGACAAGAAAACCAAACACAGCAUCGAUGGCAUCUUAAGAGACAAAGGAAGUCGAAUGGAUGAAGUGUCUGACGUGGAGUCGGAGCCUGAUCUCCCCUUAAAGAGGAAGCAGCGCAGGAGUCGCACCACGUUUACAGCCGAGCAACUGGAAGAACUGGAGAAGGCUUUUGAAAGAACCCACUACCCUGACAUCUACACUCGGGAGGAGCUGGCCCAGAUGACCAAACUCACUGAGGCCCGGGUCCAGGUGUGGUUCAGCAAUCGCAGGGCCAGGUGGCGGAAACAAGCAGGAGCCAAUCAGCUCACAGCUUUCAACCACCUGUUGCCUAGCGGAUUCCCCCCCACAGGGAUGCCAACACUUCCUGCAUACCAGCUGCCAGACUCGAGCUACCCAAGCAACAUUUUGUCACAAGAUGGUGGAGGUACAGUUCACCGCCCCCAACCACUGCCUCCAUCCACUAUGCACCAGAGUAGUCUGCCCAGCAAUGACAGCACUUCCACCUAUGGUCUCUCUUCAAACCGACAUGGGUUUUCUGGCUACUCGGACACCUUUAUGACAUCUGCAGCGCCGAGCAGCCACGUGAACCCAGUCAGCGCCGGGCUUUCCCCACAGGUGAUGAGCAUCCUGAGUAACCCGAGCGGCGUUUCCUCACAACCACAACACGACUUCUCCGUGUCGCCGCUCCACGGCAUGUUGGAAACCCCUCCAUCUAACGCCGUGUCAGCCCCCAGCGGCCAACGUUCAACAGACGUGUCCAUUAAGACGGCGGACAGCCUGGCAUCCUCCCAGUCCUACUGUCCCCCGACAUACAGCACCACCAACUACAGCGUGGACCCAGCUGUGGCGGCUGUCGGCUACCAGUACAGCCAGUAUGGCCAGACGGCUAUGAACUGUCUGGCCAAGAACGUGGGCCUGUCCAGCCAGCGCAGGAUGAAGCUCUCCGACCACUCAGGUGUUUUGGGACUGCUGCAGGUGGAGACUGGUCAGGCGUAUUAGCACGACUCAGUGACCUCACUGAGUUAACAGCACAACACACACACCUCCUACUGCUGCCAUCCAUUACGCAAUUUCAACACAAUAACGUGAGUACUACAGCGCUACAGAUUCACAAUCAUUUGGCGUAACAUUCGGAUACAGGUGGUCCUCGGGUUACUCUUCUCCUUCCAGAUCUCUUUGUCACAGCGCACGGAAUCCAUGACCCUUCUGCUGGCCUGUCACAAUAACAGGACUACAAAUUAUCGGCGAUAAACGAUUUUAUCGUCAACAUUAUUUUGAUGCCAUUUUUUCAUUACUGUAAUGAUAUGGCAUAAUAAUGCGAGUACACCGAACCCAUUUCUCAGGAGCGUUUACCAUUGUAAUUUGAGACUCUUUCUCUAAAACCUAAUCAUCACGUUACAAAUCUAGUGGUAAUAAUGGACUCAGAUCUGAACUUAAACAGCCACAUUUAAUCAAUAACAUCAGCAGCUUUUUAACACCUUAAAAAAAAUUGCCAAAAUCAGGGGAAUAGCGUCUAAACCAGAUUUAGAGAGACUAAUCCAUGCCUUUGUCUCCAGCAGGCUAGACUACUAUAACAGCCUUCUCACUGGGCUCUCCUAACAAACUGUAAAACAGCUGCAGUCCAUCCAGAAUGCUGCUGCUCGAGUGAUGCCUAGAACCAGGAAAUCUGACCAUAUUAGUCCAGUACUCUAAUCUCUGCACUGCCUUCCUGUCGCUAAGAGAAUAGACUUUAAGACAGCUCUGCUAGGGUAGUCUUUUCAUGGUCGUGUGCCAAAGUGCAUCUCUGACAUGUUAGAGCCACAUGAACCAUCUCGGGCUCUGAGGAGCUCAGGCAGUGGUCUCCUGCGGGUGCCCAGAGUCAGGACUAAACACGGUGAGGCUGCGUUUCAGUUUUAUGCUGCCAAAAUCUGGAACGGUCUUCCAGAAGAUGUGCAACAACCCUCAACUAUGGCAAAGUUCAAUCCAGGCUGAAAACACUUCAACUGCGCAUACGACAACUGAAAGCAUUUAAUCUGCACUCUUCCAUUUUUAUCAUUUCCUAUGUUUUUGUUUUAUGGAAUUUUGUGUCAUGGUUUUAUGUUUUAUGGAUGAUUUUAUAAGCGAUUUUACCUUUCUUUCUCUGUAAAGCACUACCUCGUGUAUGAAUUGUUCUAUAAAUAAACUGCCUUGCCUAAUUGGAAUGUCAAGGGCUUUUAAAUAAAAUAAAUUAAACAAACAACACAAUGAACUGAACAAACAAAAAAGACCAAAAAGACCACUAAAAACAAACUCCCAAUCUCUUUUAGCAAAAUUGCAAAAAUUGCACUUUCAUAAAAAUCACAAUAUUUCCGAUUGUGAAUCAGUGUCACGCUGUUGUCAGAAUACAGUGUUCCCUCGUUUAUCAUGGGGGAUAGGUUCCCAAAACAGCCCGCAAUAGGUGAAAUUUGUGAAGUAGCCGACUAUGUUUUUGUUUUUUUUUGUUUUUUUUACAAUGAUAAUGUUUUAAGGCUUUAAGUAUACAUUUUGUGCCCUUUUCUCAGACAGGCACGAACAUUUUCUCAUAUUUCUCUCAUUUAAACACUCUCAAAGUUCAAAUUGUCAUUUCUUAAUGAUCAACCUUCUAGGUUGGACGCAAGAAAUUAUUAAGUGACUGACGCGUAUUCAUUACAUAACAUUUAUGUACUCCUAUGGCCGCGCCUCUUCACCCUGCCGCCGUUCGUCGGUAGCGUUUUUGUCUCCUUGUUAAAACAUAUCACUCCUGUUGUCGUAUUUUCUUCACACGGUUAGCUUCUUCUGUUCCAUCUAUUGUUUACAGUAUUGGCGGUUAGCAAGCAGCUCACACAGUUAGCUAGUUUGCUAGCCAUGACCACAACAAGAGACGGCACGAAGGAGACUGUUUGACAGUGGUCUACAGCCAAUCAGGUCGCAGAAGAUAAUGGGCGUUGCAGACAGAAGAGAGAGAAUAGCGACAGAGAGACACGUGCUAAGCACAGAACCACAACACUCAACUUCCCACAAAGCAAUUGUACUUAAAGGGCCAGGCUUGGCCUGUAACAGCUGUAAAAACAUUUUUUUUAAAAAGCACAAAAAUUGCACCAAAAAAAAAAGUGUGAAACAGCGAGUCUGCGAAACCGCGAUGAAGUGAGGGAACACUGGAUUGGCAAAAAAACAGAGAAAUAACCCGGAGAUACUCUGAAGUUCACAUUGUGUGUCAGUGCAGACGUCUGCUCAUGUGCACAUACACUUCCUUGAUUCACUUUUAGCAACGUGAGCAAGCAAAAUCCGCUUGAUGCAUAAUGAGGUGUUCCAGAAUCACUAGAACACAAGUUCCAUCGUUUUCUAUUAUUGAUGUGUCUUUGUCACAAAGUCUUUCAUGUCACAAAAUGACGACGCGCAAACGGGCGGAAAUUGACAUCAGAUCGUGUUUUAUACACAACAGGCACGAAGACAGUGUUCGAUCGUGUAGCACACGACACACACAGCUAGCAAGUAGUGCAUUCGCGAGCGUGUAGCGCCACUUCCACCCACUAGGACAAAGAGACUGAAUGACUGACAGGAGGGUUCGCUCGCUCCAUUCAUUCUGCUCCAGAACCAACAUGCUCAGGUGUUGAGACAGGUUUACAUAGUGAAAGCUCGUCAACCAGCAUGUGCGUCAAUAUAUCGAGGCCGGCAAAAUGUCGCAAAUCAAGUUUGCUUUAAUUUAUCUUUCGGUUAAUUGUAUUGAUUAUGGUGGCAGGCGUACCUCUUUAGCAUUCAAUAAUCUUUAUCCUUAAUCCAGUUGGGACUAAAAGAGUGGCCAAUAGUGGUUGGAGUGUUUCCUCUCCCAGAGCUUCUUUAUGAUGUUCAUUUCCACUUCCAUGGUGAUGGCUUUCCUUUUCUUUGGCGCACUGCAGCUUGGGAGACAUAAGGAAGUGCAAAAAGUUCAUUAAUAAGCGAUGUUAUUCUUCCCCAGUGUGGCGCAGCAGGCACGUUUAAGUAGCUCUCAAGCAAGUCUCAUGUUUAUGGACCAAAAUUACGUUUUUAAUUCAUUCUCAGGAGCGCGUUCAGAACCACAAAACGCCGUAAACCGAGAACCACCUGUACAUGGGGGAAUUAUUAUUAAGGUGUCCAAUGGGAUCAUUUAAGCAAGUUACAAUGAAGGCUAUUUUCAAUCAUGUUUUUUAUUUCUUUUUAAUUUAUUCACAGCGGCGUUUGUCUCAGUUACACUGAAUACGCUGGCUACUUUUUAUUUGUUUAACAAAACUGGAAUUUGCAAUCUGUCACGAAAAAGGCAAAAGAAUGUGGUGCGAGUUAUGCAUGUUGUUUUAUCAACACCUUUUGAAUUAGAAUCAUCUAAUAAGUGGAAGACAAUCAACUAUGAUGCGAGUGUCAAGCAAACAUGGAACUCACACCUCUUUUUUUCCAGGCAGUUGCAUGUUCAUACAACGCUCUGCUUAAUGUAAAAAAAAAUGUUAUCUCUGUAACAUGUCGUCAACUUAACAAGAAAUGUCAGGUCGCAAGAAUUUGUACGUGUUUUUAUGUAAGAUUCAUCAAAUGUUGUCAUUUGAGCCACACAUACAGUUUGGCACUAUUGCAGAUGUUCCAUUCAGGCCGAGGAACAACGAGUCGCAUAAAUGAGGAAGAUUAUGACGGACAAAACAAUGAAUAAUCUCAUCUGUGGCUUUUUUUGGUCAUUCAUCCUGCUGUUGUUUCAUGAUGUCAUGUCACUGUCCAACAAAAAGCAUGUAUGUUCAUAUUUUUACCUAAAAAAAAAAAAAAAGAAAAAAGCCCUGACAAAAAUAGAUUUUUGGUGUGUUUUGAAGAUAUGAAUAAUAAAGAUUUUAUUUUGGAGAUACAUGCUUUUUCUUGAACAGCAAUGAAAUUGCCUUUUGUACACACCACUUUAAUUACACUUGGCUUUGGUUAUUUAAUAAAAACAUUU